CACUUGCUUUUCUGAAGGAGAUUGGCCCAUGAUGACACAAAGCAGAACACACACCUCAUCAAAAGUCUAAAACCUCAACUUCAGCAAAAUGAAACCCACAAAUUCUUCUGUCCUUUUCCUCAAUCUCAUCAUUAAAUCUUUCAACAUCAUCUCUUGUAUUGUACCCCUCCACAUUUCCCGAUUCCAACGAAAACAGCUUUUGGCCUCACUCUCGAAACAGACUUGAUGAGAUCGCGAAAUAACACUUCCCUCACAGGCUCACUCACCCAUUUCCAAGAUAGUGUCCUCUCUCUUUCACCUUUUUUUUUCUCCCAUUCUUGAUCUUCUUGAUGCCUCCAACGUUCUUGCCUCUCCGGUGGGCGAACACCCGAGACUAGUGGUGGUGUGCCUCUCCAAUAGAAUGUGCAGCUGCUAAUGGCCACUAUGAUCUCGUCCGAGAGCUCCUCCACAUUGACCCCAACCACCUUAUUGAGCUCACCUCACUCCGCCGAAUCCGCCGCCUUGAGGCCCUCUGGGAGGAGGCGGGCAACGUGGGGCGCUUCUGCAGCAUUGCCAAGCACCGCACCCAGGUGGCCCGGCAGCUCCUGCUGGAGUGUGAUUCGAAAAACAAAGAUUCCCUCGUCAAAGGUCGAUAUGGUAUCGGUGGGUGGCUCAUGUACACUGCUGCAUCGGCAGGGGACCUGGAUUUUGUCCAAGAACUGCUCGAGAGAGACCCGUCUCUUGUUUUGGGAGUGGGCGAAUACAGCGUGACCGACAUUCUUUACACCACUUCCAGGAGCAGAAGCCAUGAAGUCUUCAAGAUGGUUCUUGAUUUCACGGUGUCUCCAAGGGCGUUGUCGUCGAUGACGAAGAAUGCAGGGCAGGGAGAGGUUGCUUGCUUGUACAAAUGGGAGGUCAUGAACAGAGCAGUGCAUGCUGCUGCUAGAGGAGGCAAUUUGGAGAUCCUGAAGGAGCUCAUUGCGAGUGACGACGGAUCCGAUCUUCUGGCUUAUAGAGAAGCUCAUGGCUCCACUGUCUUGCACUCUGCUGCCGGCAAAGGACAUGUCCAGGUGGUUGAGUAUCUUAUUCAAGCCUUUGACACGAUCGACUAAACUGACCACCGAAGCAACUUGGCGUUGCACAUAGCUGCUUACAAGGGUCAGUUACCCACCAUUCGGGCACUAAUUUCUGCUUCUCCAUCUUCUAUCUCUUCCAAGAACGCAAAUGAAAAGACUCUCCUCCACAUGGCUAUUUCCGGUCUCCAAGCUUCAGAUUUCGGGAGAUUGGAUGUCCAGAUCCAGACGAUGAAGAAAUUCAUUAGCGGGGAAGUCUUUCAUGGAGACAUAAUCAAUGUGAAGAAUAACCAUGGCCAGACCGCUCUUCACUUGGCGAUCAUCGGUAAUGUGCACAUUAAACUAGUGGAGAUAUUGCUGGCGGCACGAGGAAUCGACGUGAAUGUUCCUGAUGAAGACGGCAUGACCCCACUCGAUUGGCUCAAACAGCGACCGCACUCUGCAUCAUCUGACAUACUAAUAAGAAAGUUAGUUUUGGCCGGAGGCCGAAUGCUUGGGAUUCAGGAAUUUUCUGCUAGAGAAGCCUUGCCUUUGGAGAUAAAGACGCAUAGUAAUGGAGCUACUAGCCCCGGAACAUCUUUUCCAAUAGCCGAUGACGAAAUUUUCUUGCACGCCAGGGUUCGGGACACAUUGGAUGCUGACGGCUAUCGGAAUAGCACGGGAAUCAACUCUUGUUCGUUUGACUCGACCAAUGAAAACAAUAGUUCGUGCAUAAGUGAGAAAUCUGGUUCUGCGACUAACAUUGGGAGGCGACUCAAGAAGUUCAUGUGGCCAACGAUAUGCGCAAACAAGCAUGAGCCAGGAAUCUCCAGUAAGUAGAUGCACACAAACCUUGCUACAAGUAGAGAUGUUCAUUGUCAUUCUUGAUUUGAUUCAUUGUAAUGCUAGCGAUUGGC